AAACCUUCACAGAAUCAGCUGAUCGGUUAUUCACGUACGUGAAAUCAGCUGUACGCAAUCAUGGACGCUCUGACCGACGAAGAUUUUGUGUUACCUCCGAUUAAAUACGAAUAUCUGGAUCACACGGCCGACGUACAGUUACACGCGUGGGGCGAUACUCUGGAAGAAGCUUUUGAACAAUGUGCAAUGGCCAUGUUUGGCUACACGACGGAUUUAGAGCGGGUUCGAAUGACAGAAGUAUAUAACGUGGACGCCGAGGGACACGACAUGGAAAGCCUCCUUUUCCAUUUCCUCGACGAAUUGUUAUUUAUGUUUAGCGCCGAGCCGUAUAUCGUUGCAAAGAAAGUCAAGAUCACUAGCUUCGAUCGCGAGAACUUCAAGAUCAGCGCGACAGCAAUUGGGGAGGUAUUUACGAUCGGCAUACAUACGCAAGGCGCCGAAGUGAAAGCAAUUACAUAUUCGUCGAUGCAAAUACUCGAUCGUCCUCAAUCGGAUCGACCCGAAGUUUUCGUGAUCGUAGACAUAUAGCCGUUUGGGCCCGGAUCAACGUAUCGUUCGAUUCCUUGGCGCGCUCUUGAAUGUUGGCUUGGAAUAAUGCUCCAAAUUGCAAAAGUAGGGAUGACCACAUGGAUAUGGAAGCGAGAAGGGAGCGUGUACCUCCCUUACGUCCUUCAUAGGGUACGAUCCUUUUGUAGUUGCGUAGGGUUCAAAUAAAUACGUUACGAAGAAAACACCGGGCUCCCUUCUUGACGACCUAUCUCAGGUACGUACCGACAUUUCAGAAAACCCAACGAUUCACGGAUCAAAAUUAAAAAAAAAAUGAAUUUAUAUGACCAACAUGUAAUUAUCUUAACGUAUGUUUCGCUAAUGUAUAUACCUGAGUACUUGAUUCGACGUAUUACCUAUUAUUAGAUUUUUUAUUGUCGUCGAAAAGUAUGACAAAUGUAUU